UUCAGAGGGUCGCUCAGCAGCCAGCGGAGCAGCUCCAGCGCCUUUACGCACCGAAAGUCCUCCCGGAUCUCCACUCCGAGCAGCAGCCCCGCGUCCCAACGGAGAUUUCUGUUUUAUUCAUCUGGAUUCCACAACCUCUCGGCGGAGUCUGCGCUCCUGUUUGGAUCUGUAAAAGUGGGAUCAGAUUGUUGUUGUUUUUUUACGCACUCUUUAAGUUGGCUCCUCGUCUACAGCUUUGUCCUCGUUUGCUGAAUUCCUGAGUGUGUUUGCGGAGAGCAGGGGCUUGACAAAAGCCUUUUAAACGGAGGGGGUAAAUGUAGCGGAGGGGUGCAGGCACCACGCAGCGGGCGAGAGUUUGUGUGUUUUCGUGGCAGUGAGGCUGUGGCGUUGGAGUUGGGUAACAAAUUCUGCAAUGAGGAAGACGUGUUUUAAAAGCCGCACAACCGCAACCAGCGCCGAGGUCAGGGCUAUGGCUUCCCUCCGCCGCAGUUUGUAAGAAGGAAGAUCUGUGUGCACUGUAAGUGUCGUCGUGAGGAGCAUGCAGUGACAGCCAUGCCUGUAGAGAUGGAGAAGACGGUCACCAAGCUGAUGUACGACUUCCAGAGGAACUCUACCUCAGACGACGACUCGGGCUGCGCCCUGGAGGAGUACGCCUGGGUACCACCAGGACUCAAACCUGAACAGGUUCAUCAGUACUACAGCUCCUUGCCUGAGGACAAGGUGCCCUACGUGAACAGCCCGGGAGAGAAAUACCGCAUCAAACAGCUGCUCCAUCAGCUCCCGCCUCAUGACAAUGAGGUCCGCUACUGCAACAGUCUGGAUGAUGAGGAGAAGCGAGAACUGAAGCUCUUCAGUAACCAACGGAAGCGGGAGAACCUGGGCCGCGGCAAUGUCCGGCCAUUCCCUGUGACGAUGACUGGCGCGAUCUGCGAACAGUGUGGAGGCCAGAUAAAUGGCGGCGACAUUGCUGUAUUUGCGUCACGGGCAGGUCAUGGCGUGUGUUGGCAUCCGGCCUGCUUCGUGUGCAGCAUGUGUAACGAGCUCCUGGUGGACCUCAUCUACUUCUACCAGGACGGGAAAAUCUACUGCGGCCGACACCACGCCGAGAGGCUGAAGCCACGCUGCACCGCCUGUGAUGAGAUCAUCCUAGCGGAUGAGUGCACUGAGGCAGAGGGGCGUCACUGGCACAUGAAGCACUUCUGCUGUUUCGAGUGCGAGACUGUGCUGGGGGGCCAGCGCUACAUCAUGAAGGAGGGACGGCCCUACUGCUGCUCUUGCUUCGAGUCCCUCUACGCAGAGUACUGCGACUCCUGCGGGGAACAUAUUGGCAUCGACCAAGGCCAGAUGACAUACGAUGGGCAGCACUGGCACGCCACAGAGGGCUGCUUUUGCUGCGCCCGCUGCAAACGCUCUCUGCUGGGUCGGCCUUUCCUGCCCAAGCAGGGCCAAAUCUUCUGCUCACGCUCCUGCAGUCUGGGGGAGGAGCCCAAUGGCUCAGACUCCUCUGAUUCGGCCUUCCAAAGCGCUCGCUCCACCAGAGAGUCCAGACGCAGCUCCAAGACAGGAAAGAGUGGAGGAGGGGGGGGAGUGCAGACUGAAAGGUUUUCAGGGGAGGUGGACCCGCUGUCUUUACAAAUGGAUCUUCUGAGUCUCUCCAGCCAGACGCCCAGUUUGACUCGCGAGCCACCUGCCUGGCAGAGCCAAGAGCAAGCGGGUGAUGGCUAUAAUUAUGAAACCCAGUCAGACCCAACUAACAACCCCACCCCUCUUCAGCUCCUCAGCCAGUGCAAUGUCAGGACUACCUAUAACCCCACCUGCUCUGGACAGAGCAAUCAACAGCAGGAUCACAGGAUCAAGGAGAACGGAGGUUUGAAGAGACCACCCAUAUCAGCCAUGAAGGGCCACUCGUUCAAUGAGACAUGGUUUCAACAGCCAGCUCCAGAAGAGUACUAUCCACCCAAACUGAGAACCCAAAAGAGCUUUACAGAGGUGUCCAAUUGUUCUCAGCACCACAACGGCUUCUCCUCUGACAAGCGCUCAAUCAGUUUGCACGGCUUUCAGAGGGACAGGGACAGAGAUGCGGGGCCUGCAGCAGCUACCCAGGUGGCAAGAAGCAGAAAUCCCAUCAAUGCACUUAACUUCACUGAGCAAUUGACCCCUCUAGAGCAGACCCCAAGAGGAUCCAUGGAAUCCCUGGCCCUGUCCAAUGCUACAGGAAACUCAGCAGAUGGAGGAGGAAAGCGUCAGGAGCACCUUUCUCGUUUUUCCAUGCCGGACCUGAGCAAAGACUCUGGAAUGAACGUGUCAGAGAAAAGUAACAUGGGCACCCUGAACUCCUCAAUGCAGUUUCGUAGCUCUGAGUCCAUUCACAGCCUCACCGCCAAUCAGCCCUACAUGGAAAUGGAUCCUCCCAGGUCCUCUCAGUACCAAAUGCAGUACUGCAACCCCUCUGGCAUGGGUGUGGGUAUGGGUAUGACUCAUUUACCGCCUGGCUUUACCUUCCAGGAGGAAGACAGGGUAAGUUUGGUGAGCAGCGCCAACGCUGCUCGCUUGCCACCCAUUAGUGAGCGUAGGGUGGGUGGUGUCAGUGGUGGUGGAGGAGGAGCAGGUGGAGGAGGAAGGGGAGCAAGUAUUCGGAUAGAUGCACCGGAGGAGACUCCCCAGAGGCGCCGGCACCACCACCACCACCGGUCCCGGAGAUCUCGUCGGUCUCGUUCAGAAAACGCUCUCCACUUGGUGGCAGAGCGAAGGGCAAGACCUCAAGAAAGACCACAACUGCGUGUCCGUGAGGAUUAUGACCGUUUCCCACCACCAAGAAGUGCCAGGGACCAGUUUGGAAUAGGAGGAGGAGGGGGAAGAUACCAGCCCCAACUCUUCAGACAGUGCCCCAGAACCACUUCAGACCUGACUCUUCAGAAUCCCGGGGCUAGCCGACGCACUGGCUUGAACCAAUACUCCUGGGAUGAUUAUGAGGACGAUGACUGGUGCUCCACCUGCUCAUCAUCCUCCGAAUCAGAGGAUGAAGGUUACUUUCUCGGUGAGCCGAUCCCCAGACCUAUCCAGCUGCGCUACCUCAGUAACCAGGAGCUUGUCCAUAAGUACAACAACACAGGGAUGGGAGGACCCAACCGCAGUGGGCAGUUACACACCCGCAAACGCAGAAAAAGCAAGAACUGCAUUAUUUCCUAACAUCCUGAAGCUUGGCACAGUAAAUGACUCUUUGGCCAGCUUGUGUACUCCAUCUGGAACAAAAAAUAAAUAAAACUCACAGUCCAUUUAUUCAGUAUUGUUGAGUGUUGAAUAUCAUGUAAUUGAAAGUCAGUGGUAAAUUACAGUUGGUAAACAGUGAAAAAGCAACAGUGUUUGCAUGUUUGUUCAUUUUAAUGUUUCGGAAAAUCUCCUGAGUACUAAGGCUAACAGUUACAUGCGCAGUUUUAUCAAGUCACAAUGUUUCUCAAAAGCUGAUGUGCAAUUUUUUUUUCAUAACUUCAUUUCCAUGCAGCAAACAAGUGUGCAAGGUAGUCUAGCAGUUUAGCUUUUUCAUGCAAUGUGAUUUAGAUAUAGAAUAUACUGUACUAUUGUAUUCAGUUCAUAGUAUGUACAUAGAUAAAUGAAUUAAUAAUUUCACUUAAGUUAAGGAAGUCUGUGUAAAUAUGGUUGUAAAUGAGGCCUCACAUAUUUUUAUAUUUUGUAUGGAUAGAAUCAUUUAUGUAUUAAAUAUCUAUAAUGUAGAGAUAGAAAAUGGCAAAAACAACUUAUGCAUGUUUUAUUUGGCUGACCUGGUCCUGCAUUUGGAAUAAAGGAGUAUUUCAGUGAGUA